AUGAACUGGAAGGUAUUGCUAAUAUUUGGUUGUACCUUGAUCACAGUGAGUGCUAGCGAACGACCACUGGCUAGUUCGUAUGUGUUUCGAAGUUUUGAUUCCAGCCCCGGCCAGAUAGUUUAUUUAAGUCCGGCCCGAUCGAGACUAGUGUAUCCAUCGUUGAAGAAACGUGAAUCAAUCGAAGUGAAAACGAACUUAGAGCAAGCAGAUGAGAGCAGUAAAGAAACGGGUAGAGUUGAAGAUAGUGACGAAGACGAACCGAAGGUGCUGCUACACUUAAAAGAUUUGAAACACUCGUCAGAAUCGGAUGAAUCCUUUGAAGAACGGCACCAUUCCAAGAAGGGUGAUCAAGAUCGUAAAGGUUUCAACUCUCACCAUCAAAUAAAAAAAGGAAGUAAAGGUAGCUACGGCAAUGAGAAUCAUUCGACAUCGUAUGCUGAUGAAGGAGAUCGAAAAAAGUCGUAUCACGAUGAAGAUUCCUACCACAAGGAUCACCACGAUGAGGCUCACCGAACCCGGGGAGGAAGUCACAGUGAAAAAAAGCACCACAAAAAAGGAUCCAAAACCACGGGCUACCACAACGUCUACCAUAAGGACGAGUUCAAAAAAGAACAAAUAUUCUACGAUACCGCCGAUCAUAGCGGACAUUUUAAAAAGUACGGAUCUUCUCACAAGGAACAUUCCAACGAUGCUGGGGAGUUUGCCAAGGGAGGCCAUAAAGAAGAAUCGCAUUCGGAGAAGAAAAAGUCCAGAAAGGGCCACUCCGAGGAUGGAAAAUAUGACGACAAUCAUCACGAGUUCAAGAAACAUCGCAAAGAUGAGAAGGAAUAUCAUGACAGAGAGGAGUUCCAUAAAAGAGAUGGAAAUACUGGAGCGAAUGAGCAUGGGUACAAAAUUUAUCAUCAGUAA